GCGAACGGGCGGCGUUUUCUCUGCCUGGCCGGUUGGGCAACUUUACCAUCUCGCGACGGUUAAGAUAUUGAGAGGCUCAUCUGUGGUGGGCUUAGAAAAGGGCGUGGAAAGCGCUGUUCUGUGUGGAAGAGAACAGCCACCAACUGAACAGGAAGGGCCGGGAGGGAUGUUGCCUGAAGCGAACCCCUGCAGGCAGAGGCAGACCCAUCCGUAGAGAGAGAUGUCGAGGAGACUGGAGAGACCGACAGAGGCACAGGAUGCCAAACUGGGGAGGUGGCAACAAAUGUGGUGCCUGUGGCAGAACAGUGUACCACGCAGAAGAGGUUCAGUGUGAUGGGAGGAGUUUCCAUAGAUGCUGCUUUCUCUGUAUGGUCUGCAGGAAAAACUUAGACAGCACAACAGUAGCCAUUCAUGACGAAGAGGUAUAUUGCAAGUCUUGCUAUGGAAAGAAGUAUGGUCCGAAAGGAUAUGGCUAUGGCCAAGGAGCAGGCACUCUGAAUAUGGACAGAGGGGAAAGGCUGGGUAUCAAGCACAACAAUACACCUUCUCCUCGACCUACAACAAGUCCAAAUACUUCAAAAUUUGCCCAGAAAUUUGGAGGAGCAGAGAAAUGUUCCAGAUGUGGCGACUCUGUGUAUGCAGCUGAGAAAAUAAUAGGGGCUGGAAAGCCUUGGCAUAAAAACUGUUUUCGAUGUGCCAAAUGUGGGAAAAGCCUGGAGUCAACAACUCUGACAGAGAAGGAUGGAGAAAUCUAUUGCAAAGGUUGUUAUGCAAAGAAUUUUGGCCCCAAAGGAUUUGGCUAUGGCCAGGGAGCUGGUGCUCUUGUUCAUGCUCAAUGAAUUGCUAGUUCCACUGCACUGACAUGGUUCUGUCAUUUGAGAUGCAGUUUAAAUGUUACUGUGAAAAUUAUUCUGGUGACUUGUGCUAUUGUAUUUGUUUUAAACCAGACAAAGUCUAUUUCCAUGCAUUUUUUUAAAAAAAUAUGCUUGGGUCAUUCAUGCACAGUUAAUUUCAAUAAAAGUUUGUCUUUAGAAUA